CAGUACCAUCCUCCCAGCUGGUCGGUCUAUUUCUGCUGAUGUAGCUCUGUGCUUUGUUUUGUGAAUUAGUUUGUUAACUUCGUCGCUAUGUCGAAAUUUUUUAAAAGUGAAGAUUAAAGUGAAUAAAGUUAUCUCCGCACGUUAUUUUCAAGGUCUGGGAGUACGUGAGACAUUAGACCGCCAUGAGCCGCACGAUCGCUUCAGUUGGGACUGGAUGUCUUAUCGCUUUCACUGCUGUGUUUCUAUCCCAAUGGGGUCAAAUUGUAGCCCAAAACAGAAUUUUGGGUGGAUACGAAACCACAAUCGAAGACGUUCCUUAUCAGCUGUCCUUGGAAGGAGGUCGGAGACAUGUUUGUGGGGGAUCUGUUCUCACUCAAAAUUGGGCCCUGACUGCAGCGCACUGCGUAUACAAUGAGCCAGUGAGGUGGAUGUCCUUCCGCGCAGGUUCAACGACACGAGGCUAUGGGGGUACAGUCCACCCCUUCAAGUAUUACAUCUACCACGAGAAAUACUCUGGAAGAAAGACACUGGACUACGAUGUAGCUGUAGUCUUCGUCAAAGUGCCAUUCGACUUCAAGACGGGGAUAGCGCCUGUGACGCUCCCCUUCUCUAUGCCCAGAGAGGGAGAAAGAGUCUUGGUGUCAGGUUGGGGAUUUCUAGAGCCACAACAACUAAGGAAACCCAAAAAUCUGGUUGCGACUGAAAUCAGAGUAUUCAGCUGGGAAGAAUGUAAGAAAAUGUAUUGGCUGGUCACUCCCCGCAUGAUGUGUGCAGGUGACGGCUACAGGGACAUCUGUGGUGGAGACUCCGGUGGUCCACUAGUGCGAGGACGGAGGGAGCAAGUGGGGAUCGUCUCGUGGGGAUACAAAUGUGGGGACGGCAUGCCCAGCGUCUACACCAAUAUAUCAGCAGUGGUCCCCUGGAUCAGAGAGAAGACAGGGAUGGACGAUUACAUAAUGUUUCCACCAGAUUACUACUAGUAAGAGAGCAGUAGGCGUACAAGCUCUACAGACCCGGGAACUGUGUGCUAGUCUGUUAGUUAUAUAUGUGAGAUUAUGUCCUUUUGAAAAACACCAUUUUGUAAGUUAUCGAGAAUCCCUGUAAAUACUGUAAAAAGAGAACCCUAUCUACUAGCUAUGACUAGAAACUAGCUAUGACUAGAAAGGUGGGAUCAGCUAUUUCUAUUUAUUUUUAGUGUAAUUUAUUUACAUGACUGAGUAGUAGGCCUAUAUUUGAUAAGCCCGUUAGAAAAUCAUUUAAAUGUAUUCAUUUUGUUCUUAUCAGUAUUAUCUAGAUUUUUCUGCUUCUUGUGCGUUUUAAAAUAAGUAAAAAUAAUUUAGCUACAUUAUUCUAUUAUAGAUUUGAUAUGUUUUAAACUAGUCAUUAUACAAUUCUUUUAUUUGUAUAUAAUAAUAAUAUCUUUUUUAAUCACUCUAGGUUAAAAGUAAUGUUUUGUUUAGUAUUUUUAUUAUAUCUUCCUGUUCUGUUUUCCGAUUAGAAUAACAUAAAAAGCGUUUAGGGAAUAGUAACUCUUGUUGAGUAAAAUAUAUUAAUUUCAAACUAA